AUUAAAAAAAGACCCCAAAAACGAGGUUGUCAAACGCGGGAAAAUCAAAAGUAAUAUAGACCGUCAACAAGUUUCAGUAAAAGAUUGACGCCAUCGUGCUGCAAAGCAUCUAACAACACAUAAAGCAACCAAGAAAACAUAAAUAUACACAAUGGUAAAAACGAAGACAACCAAAUCUCCAAGGACACUUAAAAAAGCAAUGAAAAGCCCAGUUGUUACUUCAACACCUAUGACAGGUAAAGGAAACAAGAAGAGGCGGAGAUUAUCAAGUGGAGGACGAGAAUCAACAGACGAAGAGACACCUAAAAGGCGCAGAACACACCCCGGCACACGUGCUUUGAAAGAAAUUCGUUUUUAUCAAAGAUCCACUCAUUUCUUGAUACCUAAAUUAAGUUUCUGCCGUCUGGUGAAGGAGACUAUCAACAAAUCAGCAAAUAGACAAGAUUUUCGAAUUCAAUCAAAAGCAUUAGAGGCUUUACAAGAAGCUGCGGAAGCUUUUCUCAUUCGAUUUCUGGAAGAUACAAAUUUGUGUGCUAUACAUGCAAGAAGAGUGACAAUCUUUCCGAAAGAUAUGAAUUUGGUGAAGAUGUUAAAACACGAGCAACUUUUCAACGCUUUGGAAGAAUAAUUAUUUGUUAUUCAAUAACCUUAAAUAGAUGGUUGUAAUGUUUUGUUUAUUUUUAUUUUUUUCCAGGUACAUAGGAAGGUGGUUGCUUUUGUACAAAAUUGAGGUGAUGUGGAAAGUCCCAGUUUCUCUUACCUAGGGUAAAAUAAAUGCUUAAAAAAUAUAGCGGAACAAAGUAGCGUAAAUUUGCAUAGUGUCCGUAAACUUAUUUUUAACCAAAAUGGCAAUCUUUAAUUUUAAUAAUUAUUCGAAGUAUUUUUUCUAACUUUCCAACAAUUCUUGAUUUUCUAUUCAAACUUUAAUUCUGAAAGCAAAUUUCCUCCCUUAGUUAUUAUCUUCUUGUAUUUUGAGUCAGUUUGAUUGUAAUGUCUUUUCCUUUAGUUUCACUUUUUACGAACAAUUUUAUGGAAUGUUUUAACCUGUAAAUUUAUUUCAACGAUGUAUAUUUAAUCUGUAAUAAAAAACGUAUUUCGUAUACGA